GCUAAAUUUAAAGCAAACUUUAUUUCCUCUUAUAUAUACACAUUUAUAUAAUGUCUAGUUUACGUAACUCAGUACAGCGAAGAAAUCACAAAGAACGUGGUCAGUUAGCAGGUCGUGAACGAUUUGGUCUUUUAGAAAAAAAGAAAGACUAUAUUUUACGUGCAAAAGAUUAUCAUACAAAACAAAAUAGAUUAAAGGCUUUAAGAGAAAAGGCUUUGUUCAGAAAUCCUGAUGAAUUCUAUUUCAAGAUGAUUAACACCCAAACCAAGGGUGGUGUACACAUUCAAAAGCGUAAUGAAGAAUUACCACCUGAGAUGAUUCAGUUGAUGAAGUCACAAGAUAAACAAUAUAUUAAAUAUCAAAGAGAUCUUAGUAAAAGAAAAUUAGAAAAAUUACAAGCAUCACUUCAAUUCUUAGAUGAUGGAAAAUCAUUCAAAGACGAAGAAGAAACAAAAGUAAAACAAAAGAAAAAGUCAAAUCAUAUUGUUUUUGUUGAUUCUGAAAAAGAAGCUCGUCAAUUUAAUCCUGUUAAACAUCUUGAUACCUUACCAGAGCUUGUGAACCGUAAAUUCAAUCGACCUCGCAUUCAGACUUUACGUGAAUCGACUAUUAUUACUCCUGAAUCAGGAAAGGAUCUUAAGGAACUCAAGAAAGAAAGAGAACGUCUUUACAAAGAAUUAGCUUCUCGUAUGAAACGUGAAGAAGAAUUAAGUAGGGCUGAAAGAGAAUUAGACAUUCAAAAGGCUUUACGAGGAAAAGGCAAAAGAAAGGUGGUCGGUAAAGAUGAGCAUGGAUUACCAGUGUAUAAAUGGAGAGCAGAACGUAAAAAAUAAAAUCUAUGUUUUUUUUUAUUAUAUAUUUUCAAACAUGCCU